GGUCUAUGGCAAAUGAUCCUUCUUUUUAUGCAUCAUUGCAUACUCAUACAAAUGUUCAACAUAAAUAUCGCAAAUAUAACGAUAAUGAAUUUUUGAACAACAUACCUCAGGCAGCUAACAAAACUCAGGAAUCAAAAGAGUUUAAUACGGACCAAAUUACAGUUCCAGAAAAUAAUACCGUCUUGUUUGAGUUAUUUAUUGAAAUAAUCAAAUACAAUUAUGAAAAUGGCAGUUCACAACUUCAGUUUGCACUUGAAAAAUUGGCAGAGCGAUAUAAUGUGGCAAAGGCCAAAUCUACUUCAGCAUUAACUUCAUUUCUUUAUAAUAUAAAUCAUAAUAUCGAUCCACUUACUCGAGUCAAGAGCGCUAACAAAUGA